AUGUCUCUUAACCACAACCCUUCGCCUGUCUCCUUGUGCUUAAAAUCGGGCCAUCUCGGAUUUUGCUUGCCCAAUCUAUUAUCCCACCAUUUAUUCGGAUUUUCCACCAAAUUCUUCCAAGAAUCUUCCCCUUUCGCGCCUUCAACUCGAUUUUCUGCUUUGCCAACCCCUUCACCUCCUUGCGACAGCCUGGGCCUCAAGAACAUAACAUCAAACUCUAAUUUUGCGAGUCCCAGCAAAACCCAGUCGGGGGCACGGUCAACCCAAAGCCCGUUUCCAGAAUCCUUAUGCUUAAAGUCGGGGCUUAGACUCAAUAUGAUUCGAAUCGUUCGCCUCAUUGUUCGACUGCUGAGUAACAGGACUCGCGACCCAAUCGCUCUCGCCAGAAACAGCCUUUUUCACAUAGCCCUCGACAAAAUUGAGAUUCUCGGCCACGAGAUGGAACUUUCCGUAACCGUCGGCGAAGACGAAUCUCGUGGGGCCCAUUCUCAGCUUCCCCGAAACGAAAACACGAUCCUUCUCCUUAACGUGAAGGGCCACGACCUGAGCCAAAUCGCCUUCGAACACAACGGGGAUCAACAGAGUGUCACACCUGUCGCCACAAUCCUGAGAAAUCAAAACCGUGGCCAAGCGAUUCCCAUCGGCGCCGGACUCGAGAUGGACCGGGGUUUUCACGCGGCCGAUCAAAUUCACGGCGUUGGCGACCCGAGGUUGGAACGGAAUCUCUAUCGGCCUCGGCCAGUCGAUCGCCGGACCUCUCCGUUCCUUGAUCGUCGGAGGAAGGCUCGAAUCGGAGGUCUUCUGGGCUCCGAGAUUCUCUGUCACUUGUUGGGUUAA